AAACGUGAGAUUUGACAUAUUAGUCGUGAACGAAGAAUUCGAGCUGACUGAUUUACCGUUCACAGUUAUUCUUCAUAUAACCAAUUUAGUUCGAACUGUUUCAUUGAUUGCUGGAGUAUCGACAAGUUAGUUUCCGUGUGCAAGACGCUUCACAAUGUUCGCCACCGUGGUACUGUUGUUACUGAUGCUGCUUUUACUGUUCGUUUCUGUGGUAUUCGAAAACAAAACGAGAAAAUAUCCACCAGGACCGUUCUCAUGGCCAUUUAUUGGCAGCCAGUUUUUAUUGAAGCGUCUAAGUCGUGAACUUGGGGGGCAGCAUAUGGCGUUCUUAGAGCUGUCAAAGCGAUACGAUAGCGAAGUGAUAACCGUAGACAUUGGUACUGACAAAGUAUUGGUCAUUUCCGGAAACAAGCUAAUUCAGAAUGUAAUGAAGAACGAGGAAUACGAUGGACGUCCUUGGAACGAGUUUAUCAAAAUUCGAAAUAUGGGCAAGAAGCAAGGAAUCACGAUGAAUGACGGAUCGGAAUGGAAGGAAUUACGUGGUUGGAUGGUGCGAACGAUGAGGAUAUUCGGCUUUGGGAAACGCGAGAUGUCGGAGAUGAUCAAGAAUGAAUUGGUCGUGCUGCAGGAGAAUUUGAAGAAAGGGGGUGUACGAAAAUUAAAACCAUUGAUCACACCGGCUGUGGUAAAUGUCCUCUGGAACGUGGCGACUGGAAAGCCAUUCUGCGAGGACGACAAGUUGCAGUAUUUUUCCGACUUGAUGGAACGUCGCGCGCAAGUCUUCGACAUGCUCGGCGGGCUUCUCACCACUUUCCCUUGGAUCCGUUACGUUGCACCUGUGGCCUCAGGGUACAACCUUCUCCUCACGCUGAACAACGAGCUCAAGGCGUUCUUAUUGGACACCAUCGAGGAACACCGAAAGAAUUACAAGCCAGGCUGCGAGGCGGACGUAAUUGAUAUGUUCCUACACGAAAUGAUCAAUAACGAAGAUGCCGGCGGCAUUUUCACUGUUGAUCAAUUAGUGAUUUUGCUGCUCGAUCUCUUCAUCGCCGGUUGCACCACCACGGGCAUAACCUUGGACUUCCUGUUUAUGCAUAUGGCGGUACACCAGGAGGUGCAACGCAAGUUGCAACAGGAAAUCGACUCGGUGAUCCCGCGUGACAGGCUUCCCGAUUUAGCAGACAGGACGAAGCUUCCAUACGCAGAGGCUAUAAUAUUCGAGUCGCAACGAAUGUGCCCUGUAUUUCCUAUAUUGGGCCCGCGACGAGUUCUUCGAGAGACGAAUCUCGACAAGUACACGAUACCAAAGAACGCCACUAUUCUAAUGAACACGUACUCCAUCACCAGUGACCCUAAUAUCUAUCCAGAACCGAACAAGUUCAAGCCUGAAAGAUUCAUAAAGAACGGAGCCUUUGAACCUGACACGUAUUCCUUGAGUUUUGGAAAAGGAAAAAGGCGCUGUCCAGGCGAAGCGUUGGCAAAAGCAGCGAUGUUCAUCUUGUUCAUCGGAGUGAUGCAAAAGUUCACCGUGCUUCCUGUUCCUGGCAAAGGACCAAAAGCUGUGGAAACUAUACCCGGACUGACGAUCUCACCUAAACCUUACAAAGUUCUAGUCGUUCCACGAUAGUUCCUCUCUUGUAGAAUAACCGAUCCUCGUUUACGUUGUAUAUUUGAUUUGCGCGUCUAACGAGCGGAUCUGCCUACGCUUAUUAUUAAGUUGCGUGUGAUUAAGACAGGAAACACGUUUAUCCUCGUAGAAAUUUGUAUAUUAAUAGAAUGGUUCCGUUCGUGGUAUACGAAAGGAACGUUAAUUGGCCGUUCUGAGGGAAACAGACAAUAAAGAUGAAACGAAGUGAAUAAUGUAUUCCUUGCGUUUAUUUCCGACACAUACAGCAACGGGACGAACUUUUAUUUGCUCGACUGUUGACAACGACGUUACCGGUGUACAUACGCGUCUCACGCGUCUCGAAGUACAUAUGUAGUAGCUUCGCGUUACGCGGAUAGACACCGGUUUGUUUGACUUCAACAAAUUCUCCCGCCAAAC